CGUGAAACCUUUCCUGUUCUACUUCUUGCUCACUUUUUUAUGGUCUCAAUUCCCCUCACAUUACCUCAUACUCAUCUUCUUAGAAGAAAGGUAGAGGCAACAUGUCUCCAAGCUCUCUCAUCUCCACAAUGCAUAGCAUCUUAGAAGUGCUUUUGCUUUCGCUUCUGCUUCUGCUUUUGCUUCUUACGAAAGCUACGAAAGCUAGCCGUACAGAAGUAAAGAAAUUUCCGGGGUUCGAUGGCGAGCUUCCUUCCAAGCACUACGCGGGGUAUAUUACAGUUGGUAGCGAAUUUCCAAGAAGACAUAUAUACUACUAUUUUGCUCUUUCGGAAAGAAAUCCUAUUGAAGAUCCUAUUACUUUAUGGAUAAAUGGAGGUCCUGGAUGUUCAGCAUUUAGCGGACUUGUGCAGUUAAUGGGUCCCUUUAAGAUAAUGGAUAAUCCUAUUCAUGUUAAAGAUCUUGGAAUGAUUAAGCGAAAUCCUUUCUCAUGGACAAAGGUAUCCAGCAUAAUUUUCGUGGAUUCUCCAGCAGGGACAGGGUAUUCUUAUGCAGACAAAGAAGAAGAUUAUGUCACAGAUGACACUAAAACAGUAUUGGAUUUAUAUGACUUCAUAAUAAAUUGGUUCUCCAAGUAUUCUGAGUUCAUCUUAAAUCCUUUCUACUUGGCUGGGUGCUCCUACAGUGGUGUGGUAGUGCCAAUGCUCGCACAAGAGAUAAUGAAUGGAAAUGAAGAAGGUAUUAGAACGAAGUUAAACUUUAAGGGUUACUCACUAGGAAACGCUGCAAUUGACAUAAACAUAGAGAAUAACGCAGCAGUGACUUAUGCAUAUCAGCUCGGACUCAUAUCAGAUGAGCUAUAUAAGAAUUUGGCUAGCUCUUGUGGUGGCAAAUAUUGGGAUAACGAUCAUCCGGAAUGCUUGAGGAACUUAGAAAAUUUUCAUAUGCUAACCAAGGAUGUUAACAAAGAGCAUAUUCUUUGUGCACCAUGUCAGUAUGGAUUGGAAACAUGCAUGGAAACUACUGGAUAUGAAUCUACAAAAAUGUUCGAUACCCUCUCCGAAGGAGAAAAUUAUGACAUAUAUUGUCACAGUUUUGAAGUAACGCCACAAAGGCUCUUCAACUUGAGAACUACAAGGGAAGAUCUCCAUGCGAAGCCAAUUGAAGUAUCAGGACCAUGGGAAAGAUGUUCAAAGCGUAUCCAAUAUCAAAGAAACGUUUUGAGUUUGACACAAUAUCAUUUGAAUCUCACAUCUAAAGGGUGUCGAGCAUUUUUCUAUAGUGGGGAUCAUGAUAUGAUCCUUCCUUAUACCGCAACACUUGAAUGGAUCAAAACUUUAAACUAUUCAGAGAUUGAGAAGUGGCACCCGUGGUUCGUGGAUGAUCGAAUAGCUGGGUAA